AAGCCUCGUGCGCUGAAUACGUUUCUAGAUGGACUUGCGGAUUUAGGAAUCGAUAAAGGUUUAAUCAAGAACAAAAAGUUGUUAUGUGAUUUAAUAGAAAAGGAAAAAGGCUACCAAAAUGUAGAAAAUACUUCCGAUAACGAGAGUAAUAAUGAGGAGAGUUCAUCGGAUAUUGAAAAUCAGGAGGAGGAGGAGGAGGAGGAAGUGGCUUCUGAGAAUGGCGUUGAAGCUGAAGGCACCCAAGAGAGCGACAACGACACUGAAAACGACAGUCAGUAAACAGAAAGUAGCAACCCUGAAACGUCCACCACCUUUCACUCUAAAAGUCCCUGUGAACACUGCGAGAACUCUAAUGUGUACGGGGCAUUGAUCAUGAAAUGUCCGAAAUGCUUUUGGCACGAUUACUACAAGAUUUGUCCUAUAUGCGAUCACCAGAUUCCCGAGGGGACAAAUUACAUGAAAGAGGGCUUUCUUCGGUGUCACGAUUGUGGAGCAGUUACACACAAAAACGCGAAGACGUUGGAAACCAAUUUCUAA